AUGGAGACACAAAUUAUAAAGAGCAAGCCAUUUUCAAGAGAUGAAAACAAAGCCUUACUCGAACUUAUUGAAAUGAGCAAAAUUAUAAUGUCUAAUGCCACAAACGCCAGCAGCAAUAAAAUGAAAGACAAAGAUGUGUUGGUAAGUGUACACCCCCAGACUAAAUACUGGAUCGUGGUACCGGCUGGGGUUGUUAAGGAACCUGAGCGCUUUGUAGUGAUUUGUGAUGGUGGUGAUAUUGUACCAAAUGGUGAUGGUGUAGAGGAAUUAGGGGGUGAUGCUAGGGUCAAUCUAGAAAUCCUAGAGUUUCAGGACACACCAGUGCCAGAUCCGCAAACGGAAAUGGUUGUGACCCCUACUUCUCCACAUUCAGCAAUGGCUCAGGUUAACACCUGUGCUGUUGCUGAAAAAAUUAAAGUUUCAGAUACACAACUGUGA